AUCGGAACAGACACUGUUUAUGCACGCGAUAAAUGGUUUGGUACAACAAGUCAUUAUGCAGCGCAGUCUACACAUCAGGAAAGCUUACCCCACAAAAAUCGACUCCAGAUUAUCUUACCAUUCUUGGUCUUUAGACCUACGUUAAUCAUGUCCGCGCCUUUCGCCCCAAAACAGGCCUUGAAGUUCGACCCACGUUAUCUCCUCAAACUGAGUGCAGGCUUGACACGGUCGGUAGCAGACCAAAUCGUGUCCAACCAUAUUCCUCCGUUAUCGAAAACAAGCCGAAUUCAUGACAAUGGCUGUGGAGCUGGCGAAGUCGCGAAAGCCCUUGUCGAACACAAUGCUGUGCCAGCCGGGGCAACGAUCGCUGCUACAGAUAUCAACACCACGUUUCUCGACGAGCUAAAUAAGGCGCUGGAAGAAAACAAGUCAUGGCCCAUCGAAAGCCAGGUCAUGGAUGCUACAGCAUUGACAUACCCGGACUCCAUUUUCGCGCUCUCGGUCACCAAUAUGGUGUUUGCAAACGUGAAAGACGACGUUGCGACCGCGAAGCACAUCUACCGAACACUAGCGCCUGGAGGAACGGGGAUCGUGUCGGUGUGGAAGGACAGCCCGUGGAUCAAUAUCACGAUUGAUGCGCAUUACCGAACUCGAGGGAGCGAUGCUCCAUUGCCGCCGCCAUUGGCCGCCUCUCUUUACUCCGUGGACCAUCUCAGCAAAGCGCUUAAAAGUGCGGAGAUCGAAAAUGUUCAGUAUGAAGACAUAGUUGUGUAUGGGAACAUGACUGAUGUUAAGGAGUGGGCGACGAUUGCGUGGAGCUUUUUGGCAAGACCACCGGAUGGAUGGACCCAGGCAGAUGAGGACAAUUGGGACAAGGCUAUUGGAAUCAUUGUGAACGAUCUGAUCAAUGGGGAUUUUACACAUGAGGAAAAUGGGGUUUAUAAAGUGAAAAUGAUAGCAACAGCUGCUAUCUUCAAGAAGUGAGUGAAUGCGUACUAUGAGGAAAUUUCAUGCCAUGGCAUUGUUGGAAGUGACUCAUUGGUAAAUGCGCAAAAGGAUGAUAUAUCUAUCCAGGGCGGGAGACAAUCAGACGCGUGAGGAUUUUGGCAGGAUGGACAGCGAUGCGACGAAAACAGUGACCAUAUCAUAGUACUGCAUCUGAAGUAUAAUGCUUUGCCAAACCUGAGUCUUUGUCGAGAUUGAUUCUAAC